AUGCCUAGAUCUAAGGAUAUCGCUGCAAACAUCCUUCCACAAAUUGGUACAGACAUUGCGUUAAAGGUGAAACACAUCAGGACGUUCAUAGAGCAAACGAUGUCCGUCGAUGUUACGUAUACAAAGGCGUGGCGUGGCCGAAGAAAGGCAAUUGAGAUGAUAUAUGGAACUUGGGACAACUUUGCAGAGCUCCCGAAGUAUGUGUUACGACUUCAGUCUCGAAACCCUGGUACGGUGGUUAAUUGGUUUCAUCACCCAUAUUCGGCUCUAGGACAUCCCACAUUCAAAUAUAUUUUUUGGGCGUUCGGUCCCUCUAUUCAUGCGUUCCGUCUAUGCCAGCCUGUAAUCUCCGUGGACGGCACACACUUGAAAGGACUGUACCGCGGUAAGUUGUUGGCUGCGAUAACCAAAAAUCCCAACAACUACAUAAUGCCAUUGGCGCAUGCUCUGGUUGACGAAGAGACUGUACACAGUCGGUGUUGGUUUUUCCAAAAUUUGAUGGAAUACGUCACCACAAACUGUGCUAGUAAAAUAUGUGUUGUAUCAGACCGUCAUGCUGGAAUAAUUAAUGCCAUGGAGAAUCUCAAAGAUUGGAAGGAACCAAAGGCCUACCACCAUUAUUGUCUUCGACAUGUACGCAAAAAUUUCAGUGGAAAGUACAAGAGUAAAAGCCUCAUGAAGCUUUGUUGGAUGAUUGGGAGCACAAGUCAACCAUUAAAGUAUCGUUGUGCUGUGAGAGAAAUGCGGAUGCUAGAUCAGGUAGCUUGGGACUAUUUGAACAACAUCGAUAUAAGUGGACUGUUGUUCAUGACCAUAUAA